AUGCCUGGAUUGAACUCUGUUCAUAUACGAGUGGCUUAUCCGAGCAGGGCGUUUUAUCUCCUUGUUUUUGCUCCUCAGCAGGUUCCCAAGGAGGCCGGGCCGCUGCCAGAGCUGAGUGUGGGGGAGAGCAAGCCUGUGAUCGCCGAGGAAGAGCCCCCCCAGAAGACCCUGUCUCUUCUUUCUGCGCUGAUCGCUCCUGAGCUGCCUGACCUAAAAACAUGUACUCCCAGGGAAUUCUUGGAAUGCUACAUUUUUCCCGUGCUUCUUCCCGGCAUGGUGGAACUCCUGCACGAAGCCAAGAAGCAAAGAUGCUUUGAGAGGAAGCAGACCAGAUUCAUCGCCCUGGAUUUCCUGACCGAGUGGUUGUACAACCACAACGCGAAGAGACAAGGUGAACCUUUCGUGGAAUUUUUCGAGAUCCCUUUCGUGAAGGAUUGGCUAAAGGAUCAUCCUAGGCCUCCCAUUCCUCUCUCUUUGCUGCUCACCGAGAAAGAUGCCGGCCACAUCAUCCAAACCUUCUGGAAAGGUUAUCGGGUCCGUUGUGAUCCUGAAGUCCAGGAAUUACGCCAGUGGCAAAAACAUUUGAGGGAGACCAAGAACAUUCACAAACGCGUACGAGAAUUCUGGGCCAAUCAAGAAAAGAAAGUGGGAACCAAACUGGAAGACUCUGAGCAGCCCAGUUCAAGUUUCGUAAAAGCUGUAAUGGUGGAUAGGUCAAAGACAUCGGAGGUCAAAGCCAAGAUUAGCAAGGACCAGCUAAGCAGCUCCAAGCUUGCAGAGAAUUCAUCCCAGGUAAGAUACAUCAGCCUCUUUUAAUUAUAAAGUUGUCUUCUUCAAAAUUAUGGCUUCAGGGUCCCAAAUCAUCUGCUUGCUGGUGUAGGCCAUAAGGAAAGUGGCAUUGAUCUAAAUAUGGAAGAACCGUUUUAUUUAUCUGUAUCCUGCCUUUAUUAUUUUUAUAAAUACCCCAAGGUGCUGAAUGGAUCCCAAAACACCUCCUUUCUAUUUUUUCCACAACCACCACCCUGUGAAGUGGGUUGGGAUGAGCGUGAGUGACUGGCCUCAA